AUGGAAAAUGAUCCAGACAGCCCUACCAGUGUCUCGGAACAACAGCAGCCAUUCCAGCCACCGUCCUCACGUAUACCGAGACCGCAACCACCGGCGGCACUACAGAACAAGUUUGGAGGGGCUGGCGUUGCGAUAUCCCGACCGACACAGAUUCCGCAGUGGCCCCUGGGACCGAUUUCGUCUCCCGCAAGCAACCCCGAUGCCGAACCCUACAGGCCCCCUCUGGGUCGCGGCCCGCCGCCACCACGGCCGCCCCGCCCAAGCAGAGUACCGUCCAUCUUGGAUAGUUCACGGAUUCAAGAUCACACUCCCGUGUUUCAGUAUUUCCCCCAACCCGGACGCGAAUCCGUCUACAGCCAGGAUGGCCAAUCCGCCCCGCCUACCCCGACGUCGAGACACACGCAAUCAUCGAUUUCAUCGGUCGGAUCGAUACCAGACUUUCCCCUGCCUGCUAUCGUCCCGCCCAUCGCCGCGCCGCCGCCGGUAGUGCCGCCAAGACGAAGUUUCGGCCUGGGCCCGCCGCCAUCAUCGCGUCGAGGAGAUUCAUCAUUUUAUUCGAACGCCUCGUUUGUUUCCCCGAUUCCCGAAGAGAGCCCACGGUCUAGGUCUCAUACCUCAUUCGCAUCCAGCGCCGCGAUGCCAGAGAGCUGGGGCAGCCAAUCACCAGGAUACAGCGAAGCAGACCCCGACGACUACUACGAUGAUGCGUAUUCUAGCGAAGACGAAGACAGCCAGAUGAGCCGGGGCAGCGGUUCGCCGUAUGGCGACGUAGGCGACGAGAGCAAGCUCGUGAGGAGCGCAAGUGUGGGCAAGAUGUCGAAACCGUCAAUCGUGAUGCAUCGAGCACCGAGCGGCGGGGAUCCGUUGCCGCAGGACGUCCAGGGGCUACCACAGCGGCCGUCGCCCAGUCCCAUGAAACUUCCCGUCAGCCCGUUUGAUAGUGGAACGGCGUAUUAUGAGGGAUCCAGCUCAUCCGGAACAGUCCCCACCAUGGCGGGCGGGGGUACUCCGGGAUCGCUCACGCCCAAUGUGAUGCUUGGUGCCGUUGGUGCUGCCAGCGCGACAGACCUGGCAGAAACGAGGAAAUUCACACCGUCUCCACGGCCAUACGACCGCUUAUCAGCCGUUCGGCGUCCGCCAAAACUCGAUAUGGAUUCGGUCAGAGAAAUGGAAUCCAGGGGUAGCAUGACCAGCUUGCCAGACCUCAUCAAGCGUGCGACCCGCUUAGCUGCCCUGAUUGAUCGCGGACGAAGGCCUGCGAGUCGAUUCGAGCUGGAUGAUGGGACUUGGCCAGACGAGAAGGCCUUCGGGCGCGAGGGGGAGCAACCGAUCUCCACCAUUUCUUCUGUUGAAAAGCACCAGUCAGGCCUGUCUGACAUGCUGGCUGCAUUUCCUCCACCUGCAGCUACUACCCCUAACCCCCCGAACUUACCGAACAGGGGCAGCUGGUUCAGACGAACCUCUACUACCGGUUCGUGGCCGCUAGCACCGGGCAGUCAAGGCAGCACUCCACAGCCAGUGACUCGUGCGAUGGCAGCAAGAGGAUCCCCGCUGACCAGACUCGAAUCCAAUGAUGAGGAGUCGUCGGCCAGGCGUCGCCGAAGAUGCUGCGGCCUUCCUCUGUGGGCGUUCAUUGUCAUUGUCGUCAUCGUCCUGGGCAUUGUCGCGGCGGCCAUUGUCGUCCCCCUCGAAUUCCUCGUCUUCCGACGCAACCGGGCCAGUAAUCCUCCAGCGGAACCGGCUUUGUCGCAAUGUCAAAACCAGCUCAAGUGCGAAAAUGGCGGGACAAAUGUCAUAUCCCAAGGCAUUUGCUCGUGCAUUUGUAUCAAUGGGUUUACCGGGCAGACUUGCACCGUGGCCGGAGCAACGGGAUGCACCACCACCAGCCUCCAGGGGAAUGGUACCCCGACCAGCUUGAGUAAUGUCACUCUCGGUCAAGCGAUACCGCGGCUGCUUCAACAAGCUCAGACGAACUUCUCAAUCCCGCUGGACGGAACCGACAUUUUGGCCAAGUUGAACACUGAAAACCUCUCAUGCAUUGCGCAAAACUCGCUCGUCACGUUUGACGGACGCUCGUCCCGCGUAGGCACCGAUGACGGCGGUAUAGUUAACAAUGCCGCCGUCCCCGUACAGAUCAUUACCCUAUUGCCCGGGCAAGCUCUCACCCUCACGCUGGGCCGCCGUCAGCUCGACCAUGCGGGCUACGAUCCCGAUGAUGUCCCCAUCACCGCUGCCGAUAUCCUCUAUAUCGCCGCUGCCGAUAUCUUCUUCAACACCGCUGCCCGAGACGACGACGACGACAUCUUCGGUGCCCCCUCCGGCAGUACCAACCGUUCCCACCACGACUACGACGAGAGCAACGACCACAACAACCACCCAGGGGCCGCUCGUCCCCUCGAUCCCAUUGUCUUCUCCACCACCACCCAGGCCUACAUUUACGGUCACUGA